GAAGGGGGAGCCCUGAGGAGCUGAAAAGGGGCAGUACAAACUAGCCGCCUGCCUCGCACACACGGACCCACCGGAGUACAGGUGUCAGUGUUCCAGACCAGGAAACUGCAGGGGCCUUGGAGACAGACCCGGUGGAGAUCAGCCUCUCAUAACAACAACAACAACAGCUUUACACUUCCUGAAUCCUACAGCACCAUGGUCUACCACACACUCCUUCAAUAGGGACUGGAGACAGAUCACCCAGACUAAGAGUUGAAGUAUCACCCAGACUGGAUAAACAACUAACUUCCCUUAACAUAGACAUUGUCAUCUCCUACGAAACAACCUAAAUAAACCAACUGAACUCUGCUGCCUGAGCCUCAGCUCUAAUGAUAAUGUACGGAUAUAAUGGAACGCCAUCUGGAUGAGAUACGAAAGAUACAGUUGAAAUAUCGUCCAGCGGCGCUCGGCGAAUCCUGACUGCUCUUAGGAGUGACCUUUCUAGAGUGAAAUGCUGUUUCUCACUCAGUCCGAACCAAAACGGCAGGAAGCUUUGAAACACGGACACCCCGGUCGCCCCCCUCCUCGGCAUUGUGGUCUUCCAAGAUAAAGAGCUGCUUUCUGCACAAGAAAAAUAAUCUGUCAGGGAGGUGAUUUCAUUGCAGUCAACAGGCAUGUUUUGGUGGCCGGACUAAGAAAGAAAAUAAAGAAAGAUUGAAAGAAAGAAAGGGGGGAGGAAGAGAAAAGAAACGUCUGGGUUUUGGAGAAAGAAAGAGAAAGAUUGAGAGGGAGGGAAGACAGACACAAACACAAAUAGAAAAGUUUGAUGGUUUCUCAGCCUUUCUCCUUCAGCUGGAGAUUUGCAGUAAAGCACAUGGUUAUUGUGAAAGCUUCUUGGCUGUGGUCCAUGGGAACUGAUCCAGUGUGCUCUGUGUCUGUGGAACUCCCAGCCUGCUUUAGAUGUCUCCCGGGAGGUCCCUGAUACUGUUACUGGUAGGUCCUGAGUAAUACUGGGUAGUAACACUGCGUCAGAACCAGAGGAACGGUACACCUCUCCCGUCCGUCAGCCUCCCUCCCUGCUAGCUAGCUACAGGACUAAAAGGAAACCUUAAGGAGGAUUACUGCAGAAUAAAGAAAUGUCCAGCAGCAUGAGAAGAAACAUGGACAGCUAAGAUUCUCCUUAUCCCCACUGGUGAUUCACUUUUUUUUUGCUCCACUCGCUCUAAACGCUCCCCAAACGGUGAUCCUCAAACUGACACACAGACCAAGCCAGGGAAGAGGGCUGCAGACGGUACUGGGUAGAAGAAGAGACAGAAAACUGUGGAGCAAACCAGAGGAGAACCAGAGGGGCUCCAGAACUCCCCAGGAGAGCAGCAAAGCUCCCCCAGAUCGAGGCACCGUCCUGUGGGUAGAGAUGGAGACGGAGAGUGGUCAUAUGUCUGUGAGGAGGGGGCUAAGCUGGAGCCCAGGUGGGGGGAGGAAGCCCCUUCAUGGGGGGCAGGACAGGGACGUGGACACUGGCAACAGAGAGAGCGAUGCAUCUUGGGAGAGGCGGGACUACAGAGAGAUCAAAAGACAGGUGACAUCGACCUCCACCAAUCAGCUGGCUCGGAAAACCAACCUGACACGUAGUGCCAGCCUAUCAGAGAAGGAGUUGAAGGAGGCGAGGGUGAGGUCACAGAUCAUCGCGGCCCAGCUGACCGUCCCGUCUGGCUGCUCCAACUCCCGCGGCGUCCAGCUCUUCAACCGCCGCAAGAAGAGGGUCAACGCCUUCACGCUAGAGAGCUGCGGGGAACGAACGAGGGAAGUGGAGAGAGAGGAGAGAGACGGAGAUACCAGGAACAACAACCUGACAUGGGAAGAGGAGAAGGAGGGUCCUAGUGAGGGGACAGAGACAGACGGACAACUGAACUGGAAAAACAGCAUCGGGAUAAAACCACCACUCUGGUCGCCACCCUCUGGAAGUGAGGUCACAGGAAGUGACAUCAUGGAGGACCCAGGUGACGAGCACAUCUAUGAGGAAGUGGAUACAGUGAUACAAGAGAGACACUUCCAGCCGGUGAACGAGAGACAAGGGGAGGAGGAAGAGAGGAGUGGAGAGAGAGAAAGAGAGGAGAUAUAUGAGGAUAUUGAGGGUGAAGUGAAGGAUGAGAUUAUACCAGUAAAUGACAACAACACUGGUCCAGCUCCCCCUGAGACCCGUAAUGGCUUCCACAGCACCCAGGGCUCUGCUGGAGAGAUCCAGAAUGGCGGGCGAGUUUCUAUGUCCCUGUCCAGACAGACCCCCACCAUCGUCAACCGGACAGCCAGACCCUUCUUCUCCCCACCCACCGUACAGCCCAAGUCCCCAGAGGCAAGGAGUCCCGUCAUGGAUAACAACAUACCCCCAGCCCCCUCCUAUCCUACCCCCACACUUCCCCCAGCUCCCUCCUAUCCUACCCCCACCCUUCCCCCAGCUCCCUCCUACUCCACUCCCCCUCUGCCUCCUUUCACCGCCACUCGCCCUGUAGUCUUCUCUCCUCCUCCCCCUCCUCCCUCAUACCCCAUGCCUCCUCUCCCAGCCUUCCCCAUCCAUCCUCCUCCUCCCUCCCAGUCUCUCUCCAGUCCUCCCCCCAUGUCUACCGUCAUGUUUCCUAGGUCUACACCCGUCCCCCAGUACAACCCUCCUCCUACAGCUGCCCCAGUGCCCCAGUAUCUACCCCCCAACCCUCCUGUCACCCAAUACAUCCCUCCUCCAACCUCCCCUAGACCCAACACCUUUGUCCCCUUCACCCCUCAGCCUAUUGGCCAACAGAACCAGCAGCAGCCAAUCAAAACGGGCAUCCUGGAGGAAGGGGCGGCGGCCAUCAGACGAUCGUCGACAGCCAGGAAGUCCAUGUUCACCUUUAAGGAGAAGCAUGUCAUGGCACCCAACCCUGAACUCCUCUCCCUGGUCCAGGGGAAUGAUGAUAGGAAGAAGCACGGCCUCCGCUCCGUUCCCGACCCAGCCCCAGAGGAGGAGCUGCUGGCUCUGGGGGCCGAGGCCUCUAACUUCCUAGCGAGGGAGGAGGUGAAGGCGGAGGCUGCCAAGGUGCCGGAGUGGUCCUCCUGUCUCAAGAGCUCCAGGACCAGGGAGCCCAGAGGGCAGCACCAGCCAGAGCAGAACCUGACCAACGCAUCAGGGAAGGGGGCCGAGCUGUUCGCGAAACGCCAGUCCAGGAUGCAGAAGUACGUAGUGGAGAAUCAGAAUGUCUCCGGUGGUGGAGGUGGUCAGAUGAGGUCUCCGUCUCCCACCGUGUCUCUGCCGCCGUCUUGGGUCUACCCAUCUAAUAUGCCUGGCCGGGUCAAAGCUAUCGCUAACAACACUGACCUCAGCGCCAGGCUGACCCAGACCCUCCAGACCCCUCAGCCUGGGAACAGGAGGCCCAGCCAGCAGGCUCCAACCCCGGCCCCGGUCCCCGAGGAACCACCCCUGGAGAACGGCUGCACCAAGAUAGAGAUGGACCUCUCCAGGCACCAGCCCUACCAGCUCAACUCCUCCCUGUUCAUCUUCAACCCAGUCCAGGACUCUACAGGCACCCUGCUGAGCGCUCUGCCCCGGGGGGCCCCGCCACCACCCAAACCCCUGGUCUCAGCUGAGGCCUACUCCAGGCAGGCCUCCGUGCCCUCCUCCAACCCUCCAUCACACAACUACAACAGCCUGCCCCGCUUCAGGCCUACCCUGUCCCCAUCACUUCAGCCCCCAUCACUUCAGCCCCCAUUAGGAGGAAUUGGAGGUGGGGAUUACUAUCCUCCACAACACGGGGGGACUCCACAGCUGAGGGAUCCCAGGAUCACCUCUCCUGUCUCUGCCUUCUCUCCGGAGAGAGUGGCCUCUCCUCGGUCGGGCGUCCAGGCACCCAGACCCACCUUCUCUGCCAAGAGGGCAGGGAUCGAACCCCAGACGAGGAAGGAUUCCCCUCCGACCCUGACCCCCACCACCACCCCCACCCCCACCCCCACUCCCACUCCCACCAGGACACCGCAGUUCAGCCGUCGGUUCAGCAGCCCAGAGGGACCCCCCACCCACAGUGGGGUCUGGUCCCCAGCCCCCCAGACCACCAUCACCUCCUCCUCCUCUUCCAGGCCCCUCCACCAGGUGACGGCCACCUCCACAGCCACCUCCCCUUUCUCCCCACCCUGGGAGAUGAGGUGCAAGUCCCCCGCGGUGGUCAACCAGACCACCAAACCCUUCUCCACAGCCUCUUUAUCCAGGCCUAAACCAUCCACUACCACCUCACCUGUAUCGCCUAGAUCUCCCUGGGGGUCCCGCUGUCAAUCCCCUAACAUCAACCAGACAACCAAGCCUUUCUCCACCACCAUCUCCAACUCUUCCUCCUCCAGACCCUCUCACCCAGGCACCAUCACCUCUCCUCUCUCCCCCUCACCCCUGUCCCCUCCCUGGGGUUCCAGAUGCCAGUCUCCCAUCGUCAGCCCCAGCCCAAACAACUCCAAGGCAAACCAUCGCCUGUUAGCCAAGAACAUCAUCAAUGCGGCCAAACGUAAAAACAGCCCGUCCCCAGGUGCUCUGAGCGGCCACAAUCUCCCAAUCUCCCCACUAGGUGGCAACACCACCCACCAGCAUCACCAGGGCUACGACCACCAGCACCACCACAGCAGCAGCAGCUCCAAACCACCCUUCAGUCCCUACCAGUCCAGGGCCAUGGGGUGCCAGUCUCCCCACUUCGCCAGCCCUCCUCCCACCCCUACAGGGGUGAUCCGGUCCCCAGUAAGGCUCUACAACACCAGGUCCCUCACUGACUCGGAUGCUUCGGUGGAGUCGGAGGACUCUGGGCUGAGGUCUCCAGGACUGCAGCGUACCCACAACACCUGUCCCCGGGGCUGGGGCGGCAGCCUGAGGGUGAAGAGGGGCAGUGUUGGCACCGACCUAUAGGGGGAGCCAGGGAGAGAGGGUCAGGAGAAAGGACCAUUGAGCUUGCCCAAAUAAGAGAAAAUAAAACAGACAGGACAUUGAUAAAGAGACUGGUGGGUUUUGGGCAAUUCUUAAAUUCAUUGACGUAUAGGAGCAUCUAAGAUGGAGGGCCAGCUCAGCGCUUGCCCCACAGGGGAGAUAUGAAAAGGACUUUGAAAGGAACUGACCUUGUGUGUUUGUUGCUUUGGAGCAUCCAGGAGUAAGGGACAAUAAUGUUUGACCACACAGUAAAGAACCUGAUGCCCUUACAACACAGCUGGGACGUAGAAGCAACCCGUCUGGUGAUUCUAAAGUCCAGUAAAACCCACUGAUUUGGCUGGCUGGCUAUAGAAGAGUCCAGGACCAUCAAGCUCAGAGCAAGCUCAACAGUGGGAUUACUGAGAGGAGCUUGAAGGGACAAUUCACUGUUUCCUCUGCCUCUCAUUCUUACAUCUUAUAACAUACUUUAUACAUUUAGGAAAUUGAAGGGACUCUAAAAUACAAAAUGACUUGUCUGCAUCUUUAGAUAUGGACCUUGUAAUUGAAAAACAAAAUGUGUUGUUGUAUUCAGGCAUUGCUGAAAUGUAAAACUAGCUUACUUGCAUUUGACUAUGACAAGAGUUCCUUGAAUAAUCAAAUUAUUACAGUAGCUUACUUAUGUUUACUUUAAAAAAAAAAAAAUAUUCUAAUUUGUACCAAAAAAAAGCAUACGAGCUAGAGAAAAAUACCAAAGACAAUAUCUGGAAUGAUGCAGUGUUUUCAAAAACAGUGUUACACUUUUUCUCCCCCACAUAAGAAAUGUAUAAUGUGAUGUCGUAGAUAGGCUUUUGCAGAUAUUUUGUAUAUAUAUUGUUUUAAUGUUGCUGGGUAUACAUUGGAGUAUAAAGGAAUGCAGUUAAACCAUAGGUUGACAUGAUGUUUGCAGGUCUGACACAGGUCAAACUGGGGAGAGA